UUCAUUAGGAAAGACAACUUGCAUAAACCUUAAGCUUUCAGUAAAAUAUCAUGAGAUCCUCCAUUUGGGGUACAUUUCUGUUGAAUGCUAUGUAACAGACUGUUAACAUAGGAAAAAUCUAAAACCCUUUUAAAAGAUAUUAAGACCCAUUUUUAAGUUUGACUGUCCCUCUGGUAUCUUUCGCCCCUCUUUUCUAAAUCAUGCAACAGUACAGCUUUGGUUAUUGCAUCUCCAAAAUGCAGCUACAAUGUACUGAUCAGCUUCAUGAAUUUGGGUUUUCAUCAAAAUUAAACAAUUAUGAAGUAAAAAUGUACAUGUAUAUGAAGUACAUGUAUUUUGCACAGCCACCAAUUUAAAUUAAGAAACAAUAGCAUUACAUAUAAGUCAUUAAUGACUGACAAAUUAAAAAAAUCUACGUGCUAUAAGUUUCAUGUUUUCUAUAAUUUUCUCGUGUGUCGGAUAUUUUAUUGAAGAAAAAUUAUUUCCAGAUAAAACUUUGCUUUUAUAUGUCUCCAUUCCAGCUAUAUUGAUGUUCAGGUAAUUUUACUGGUACCUAUAGUUAAAUGUAUAGUUAAUUAGCUUAUGUCAUAAAUAUAUAAAUUAUUGUUUUAGUUCUGAUUAACCAUGUCAGAGUUAAUUCUCUAAAGAAGGAUGUCAUUUGUAAAGUUGUCCCAUGUUUCUUGUUUAUUUUAAAACAUUAAGAUAUUAGUCAACCAAUUUCCUAUGACAGUUUGGAGGUGCUAGAUGGUAAUGGAAAACAAAACAGUACAGUAAUAAAUAAAUAGUAUAUACAUGUAUGCAUAAAAAUUCUAAAACAACACAAAUAUUAAAUCAAAGUACUGAAGUACUGAAUAUCCUAUUACCACAAGUUCUUUUGGAUAGUGACAAGCACAAAAAAAAUAACAUCUCCUAUCUAUACCUGAAAGUUAGGUAAAGGUAAUUUCAUAAAAAAAAAUCUGAGACAAGUUCGUGCGUGGAUGAAUGAAUGAUAGGGAAUUUAACCUUACCGUAAUAACUAUUAGUAGUGAUACACAUCAGUAUACUCAUUAGUAUGCUAUUAGUUGUAGCAUCUUACAGAAUACAUAAUCAUUAUCACAGUGAUAAUAGGAAAUGUCAAAGUCUAUCUUUCUAGUUCUUUUUUCUUUUCAGGUUGUCUAUCUAUAUACAUGUAAUACCUGAUUAACUCAAAAUGAUACCUGAUGAAAUAAAGCAGUUGAUAAGUGAAAUGUUUUAUGUAGGAUAUCCUUACAGACUGAUACACUACAUCCUGGAAAAAGAAAAGAACUUUCAGAUUAGUUUCCAAUAUUUACAGCACAAAGUCAUCCCAAGGUUAGGUUUAAAGAGAAGAAACUGCAGAAUUAACAUUGAUACAGCAAUUACAUUGGCAGUGAAAGAAAUCAGGAAUGGUUGUAAUGGAUGUGAAAAUUUACGUCGUUCUUUGAAAAUAAAAUACCAGUUGCAAAUAACAAGGUCUCUUUCCAGAGAACUUGUUAGAAUCUUAGAUGCAGAUGGUAUUAAAAGGCGUAAAGGUAGAAGAUUAAGAAGAAGACAAUACAUAUCCAAGGGUCCUAACUAUAUUUGGCACUUAGAUGGUUAUGACAAACUAAAGCCCUUUGGCAUAUGUAUACAUGGAUGUGUAGAUGGUUUUUCAAGAAAAAUUAUAUGGAUGUGUGCCAGUAUUACCAAUAAAAGACCAGAAGUUGUAGCUGAUUUCUUCCUGAAAGCAGCUGAUAACAUUAAAGCUUUUCCAACCAAGAUCAGAUGUGACCCUGGUACCGAAAAUGGGUUAGCAGCAGCUAUUCAAGUCACUCACACUUCCAAUGAGAAGUCUGUGAUUUAUGGCUCCUCAGUUUUUAAUCAGAGAAUUGAAAGGCAAUGGGGUUGGUUAAGGCAAAGCAAGUCAGACUUUUGGAUCAAUCAUUUCAAAUGCCUUCAAGCAGAUGGCUUAUUGAAUGUUAACAGUCAAAUCCACAAAAUAUGCCUGCAGUUUGUAUAUUUGCCGAUAAUUCAACAAGAUUUAGCAGACCUUAUAGUUCUUUGGAACAGCCAUAAUAUAAGAAAACAAAAUCAGGGAGAUAUAUUGUCAGGCAUACCUGAUGUUCUAUAUCAUUAUCCUGAAGUUUAUGGUACUUCAGAUUUCUGUAUUCCUGCAGAUGAGCUGACAUUAAAUUUUUUCAAUGAGCAGUGUCACCAAGAAGCAAGUCUAUUUCAUAAAAUUGAUGAAGACUUUGAGGCAGUUUUAACUGAACUUAGGGACAAUAUAAACAUCCAAGCUGCAGUUGAUUCUGUACAAAAUGCUCGGCAUUUAUUUAUAUAUCUUAAGGACAGAAUGGAGAACUUGCUAUCCUAGAGAUUUUAAAGACUUAUUUGUGUCAGUCAAAUCAUAAAGUCAUCAUUAUCCACUCUAACUAGAAGAGACAAUAUUUGUUACUGGUAUCUUAAUGAUGUGUCAGGUGACAAAAUCUUUGAAGACUAAACUUUUCAGAAUCAACAUAAACUUGUAUGAGAAUUUGUGAUAACUACAAACAUUGAAACUGAUUUUUGUGUGUGUUUAGAUGUUGAGAUGCUAUGAAUGUAAAUGUAUAAGCAUGAAUUAAAUCACAAUUAUUAAUGAUAUAUAUUGUUUUACCAUGUUGAUACAUAGCUGUUAAUUGUGUGAAAUUAUAUUUCAUUUGUAAUAUAUCAAUUUACCUGUCACUUGGUUGAUUGGCCAGUAGAUAAUUGUCUCAUCUGAGAUUAACAAUAUGAGGAUUACCGUCAACAAAUUACAUUCAAUUUUGGCAAACAUUUCAAUAUAGACUGUUUUCUAUUCUGUGCAACUGGGCAACUUGAAUCUUUGAUUUAUGUUUUGGAUCAAAUUAAAUUUUAGUCUAUUUCUGUCGGAGAACCUGACACAAUAAAGGUUAAUGAAAUAUAUAAAAUGAUCUAUAGUUGCAAAUAGUUCAACUGCUUUUAAGAUGGUAUGGGUGUCUUCUUCCAUCUUAAAAUGGGACUAUACUUUAAUUAAGUCAGCAAAUUCUGAUGCAGGAAUGCAACUUAGAAACAAUGAUUUUCAUUUGAAGGAAAGAAUAUAUUUGGCCUUGAUUACAUUAUUUUUAAAAAGUUUUGCUUGAUUUCAAUUUUCUAUAAAUUUGCAUGUUAUAAGGGGAGGUAACUCAGAAAAUGUAUAAUUUAGAAAGUAAUCUUCUGGAAAGUUUUCUAUUUUAUUUUAUGUUAUUGUAAAAAAAAUGUAUGAUGACCACGUUUUGUCUUUUUAUAUUCUGAAAGCAUUUUAUAAGAGACAUAUUACUGACAUUGGAUUAGAUAUACUAGUAGUAACCAUGGACUUUUUAAACUAGUAAUUUUAUUCCGCCCAGACAAACUAGGACAAAAUUCUCUUACUCAUAAGAUAGCAUGAUGACCUCAUUUUUAGUCUUCUUGAUCAAAGGGACUUAGUGUACUUCUUUCAUAACAUGUCAUUUUGUAAUUGGAUUUUAAAACCUUAUUUCUAGAUUGGUCCACUUUGAUGUUCUUAUGGUUCAAAACUAAACUUUGUUUGAUUUGAAAAAAAAAUGAAUUUUCAGGUUCCUAUUCUUAGUGGCAUUUUAUUACCUUUAAUUAGAUUUCAUACAGCAUUAGCACUAAUAGAACAGGAAAAACAACCUUGUUUAAAACCCACAUCUAAACCCAUACUGAUUUUCAAUGCAUAAAGGAAAGAAAAGUAUUGGGAAAAUUCAGCUUAUAAUAACAAGAUAAUAAUUUUUUAUAAGCAAAUUUUCUGUCUUGUCUUCUGAGGGAGUUGUGAACCCUACUCUUCUUGUUUAAAAUUUUUAUGUCCCCUGCUAUAGGGGAGGGAGCAUUUAGUUUUACCCUUGUCCGUCUGUACAUCCCAAAGUUGGUUUCCAUUCUCUAACUUUAGUUUGUCGAAACCAAAUGUAAUGAAACUUAAACACAAUGCUAAUUCUGCAAAGCACAGAUCAAGUUUGAAUUUUGGUACAUGUAGCAUCCCCUUAACCGUUCUAGAGUUAUGCCCCUUUUCAAAUGAAAAAAUUGCUGAAUUUUUCAUUUCCAUUUUCUUACUUUAGUUUGUCUCAACCAAAUGUAAAGAAACUUAUAUGUAAUGCUCAUUACCACAAAAUACAGAUCAAGGUUGAUUUGGAUGGUGUUACUUUUACCAAUCUAAAGUUAUGUGCCUUUACUAAUGGAAAAACUGCUGAAUUUUUCAUUUCCUUUCUCUUACUUAUGUUUCCUCAACAAAAUGUUAUUAAAACUUGUACAAAAUGCUAAUUACCUCAAAACAUUGAUUAAGUUAUGAUUUUGGUGGUGUCACUUUAACUGUUCUAAAGUUACGCCCCAUUACAAAAGAAAAAAAUGCUGAAUUUUUCAUUUCCAUUUUCUUACUUAAGUUAGCUUAAACCAAAUGUUAUGAAAGUUUGAUUUUUGGGGGUGUCACGUUUAUUUUUCUAGAGUUAUGCCCCUUUACAAAUGGAAAAAUUACUGAAUUUAUCGUGUCUGUUCUCUAACAUUAGUUUUCCACAACAAAAUUUUCAGAAAUACACAAUACUUAUUACCACAAAACUUAGAUUACAUAUAAAUUUUCAUAAACUUUCACCAUUCUUCAGUUGUGUCCCUUUAUAACUUAAUAUGAUAUGCAAGUGGCGGCAUCAUCUGUGUCCUAUGGACACAUUCCCCAUUUAUUUUAUCCUUUAAUAUAUCCUUCUGUGAGAGGAGUAAAAAAAUGUUUUUAUUUGUGUAACUUUAUCAUUAUAGAAAAUUUUAUGUGAAUGAAAAUAAUAUUGUGCAUAUAUUAGUAUAUAUUCAUUUAUACUGCACCUAGUUGUGUUUAUUUCCUAAAUAUAGUAACACAGUCAUAUUUUGUGCAAUGUCAAUUUCAUCAUGGAACACUUUUUCCACAAUCAGGGGUUCAAUAAGGGAUCCAAAUAAGUUUGAAAUUUGUGUUACAUUUAAAUAGCUAUCAAUGUAUUUAUUUAAGUUGCAGUAUAAAAACAUUAUUAUGUCAAUUUAAAAAAAAUAUAAACUUUUUUGUAUUCGGCACAAAACUGGGAAAGGGCUUGGUUAAACCUCUCCCUUACCCAGUUUCUGAGCCUCAUACAAAAAAGUUUAUAUUUUUCUGACAUUGACCUCAUAUUGUAUAUAUACAUAUGUAAACAUACCAACUAGUGAAAACAUUGUACUAAGAGUUAUAUAUCAUUAGAUAUGAAUGUAAAGGAAUAGAUGUUGAUGUUUCUUUUUUAUUUACAUGAAAAUAAAUACAUUUUCUCUAAAUGUUCUAUUCAUAAAUUUGUAUUCAUAUUGCAUGGUGACAAUAAAAAUAUUACUUUA